AGGUAGGUUAGGUACCUAACAUACCUGCUCUUCCUCCUACCCAAGCUACCUAAGGCAGCAGUAGAGCCUUAACGGGCAACGGUUAGAUAUAUAGCUCAGGCAGAGGCAACCUCCGUGGGAGGCCGUAGGAGGAGGUGCUGGUAGGUAAUCCAGAUGUGCGCUAUAUUUGCCAUCAGCACCUUCGCCGCGCCCGCGUUCUCCCGUACUUCGGAACAUGCAGGCAGCUGCGGACAUUCUCUUCCGUCUCAGCCCCUACUAGGGGGGAGAGGAGCCCGCGGAAGCCAGAUCGACAGCGGGCCUACCUACUUGGCUGUGAGCCGUAUUGACGAGCCGCCUGUCUCGCUAAUCAUGAGCGAAAUACACCGUCUUCCUUUCCGGAAUAGCCCGCCAUCCCGUGGAUGGGAUCGGCCGGGCUGGACUUUACACGCUGGGGCGUAUUAAUAGGUACUGCUAUAAGACACCAUCCGGGGAGCUAAUGGAUCCCAAAUCUCCG